GUAGAAAUUUGAUAUCCUUUGGUGGUCGUUCUGGAAGUACGUUGUUUCAAGACACGUGGUUCUUCAACGUGGACAGUCGAACCUGGACUAGAGUCAAUGUACCCAAUCCUCCCGCUGCGAGGUUCGAUGCCAUCGCCGGCUAUGACUUGACGACGGGCCUCUUCGCCAUCUCCACUGGUGAUGCUGCGCCCGUCUUCUUCAACGAUCUCUGGGUGCUGGUAGACUAUGCUGGUCCGAACCCACAAUGGCGCCGAAUUGACAACCAAUCGACUCUCUCAUUCGAGCCAAGGUACGGUUGCGGUGGCGGUAUGAACCCAGAUGGUUAUUUCUACAUUACUCAUGGGUUCAGCUCUGGGACUCGUUACUCCGACACCUUUCGCUUCCGGCUCUCUGCCACUAGUGGAGGGUCCUGGGAAAAGCUAUCGGAGACGUUCCAGUACGGUAUCAAUGAGCCCCAUGGGCGUUGCUUGGUUGCUAAUGCGAUCCCUCUGGACAGCAAGUUUGGGAAGUUUGUUAUGCUCGGUGGGUGCGCCAAUGGCGGCAGACACGGUGGCCCCUGCCCGGCCUACGAUACUUGGGCCUUCGACCAGUCGAUGAACUGGCAACGUCGAUCCGAUGCACCGGUACCUAUUCAAUAUGGUGACUUGGCUGCUUGGGGAAGCGACAAGAUAAUCAUGUAUGGUGGAAACGGUGGGAAUCUCGCUCAGCCCAUCAGCAUUACCGAGCAAAACCCGUCUGAUGUUCAUGUCCUCGAUCUCAACACGAAUGAGUGGGAGAGCUACACAGCGGAGCUGCCCAGCGGGGUACCUGGACUCACGCCUCAGUCGAGCGCCAUCGCCUUCCAUCGAAUGGCAGUAGCGAGCCUCGAUCCGCCGAUUGUCCUCUUAUUCGGUGGUCGAAUCAAUGGUCAUGUGUUGGAGCUCACCGGUGGUCCCGUUGGUAGCCCGAGAACUAGCGGUUGGUUCUACUUCUCUUGGAUAUGGAUUCACGGUAUAUUUAUGUUCGCCGCUUGGGGGUUAUGUCUUCCUAUCGGUGCUUUCAUUUUCCGAUUCUUCCGGCACAAAAAGUUUGCCUGGCCAGUUCAUCUCGCUCUUCAAAGCAUCGGAAUAGUCUUCAGUAUUGUUGGGUUCAUCGCCUCCUUUUACACUGGCGGCCGUUUCGACUUCGCCCAUGCGUACGUUGGCAUUAUAAUGCCACCCCCGUGGACGAAACUUCCUUUGCAAGAUUGA